AUGAAAACCUGUCCUUUGAGCACAGUCCUAGUAGUGACCGUGAGAGUCAUAGCUGGGCAAGCAUUUAGGUUUCUUCCUCCGUUUGACCCAGCAUUGGUCGAAAGGAGUGCAGCCGAAACUGUAACUAAAAGAGGCAUUAUGCUUCCAGAAAGGUCUCAAGGAAAAGUAUUGCAAGCCACAGUAGUGGUCCCGGGAUUGAGCUCCAAAGGAAAGGAUAAAGAGAUUCAGCCAGUUAGUGUGAAUGUGGGUGAUAAUGUUUGUUUCCCAGAAUAUGGAGGCACCAAAGUAGUUCUAGAUGACAAAGAUUAUUUCUUAUUUAGGGAUGGUGACAUUCUUGGGACAUAUGUAGAGUGA